AUGAAUUAUGGUUCUCCUCCUCCUCAAACUCCAGAUAAUGAGAUGAAAUCAAUGCUCGAACAGAUCCUGGAAGGUCAGCAAAAGAUUACUGUGGAUUUUAAUGGGAAGAUUGAUGCUCUGUAUCUGGAUCUGAAUGGAAAAUUUGAAGCUCUGAACACUCAUGUCAAGAAGCUGGACAUUCAACUUGCUCAAACUGCUGAGGCUGUAAAAAGGCAAGAGGGAUUUCUUCCCGGGAAGACUGACACCAACCCAAGACAUUACUGCAGUGCUAUCACAUUGAGAAGUUGUAAAAAGCUUACUCUUGAGCUUAAAAAGGGUGUUUCUGAGGAUGAAAUCAUGGAACUGGAGGAAUCUGCAGAAGAUUUUAAAACUGAAGAGCCGGUGUCGAGCGAUACCACCACUAGUGUCGCGCGACACCAAGUCGAAGAUACAAAGAAGAAAUCAGAAGUGUCGGACAACACCACCACGGGGGUUGAGCGACACCAACCUGAGGUCCCAAAAUCAGGGCCAGUGUCGAGCAACACCACCACUAGUGUCGAUCGACACCAGCCGCCAACUGAAGCAUAUAUCACUAAGAAGCCGAAGCCACUGGAGGAAAGGGUUUACAAACCUAAGAUUCCUUACCCAGGGAGUCCUAAGAGCUCUAAGCAGGAGCUAGACGAUGCAAGAUUUAAGGCUUUGAUGGAGAAGCUUAGGAUGGUGACUAAUAAUCUGAGUUCUGAGGAAGGAGUGAUGAUGAUUUCUGAACAGGUCAGUGCUGUGAUUCAGAAUAAGAUUCCAGAGAAGCUCUCGGACCCAGGAAGCUUUGUUUUGGACUGCUCUAUCUUCUUAGAGAAGUUCAAGAGAUCGCUGUGUGAUCUUGGUUCGAGUGUCAACCUCAUGCCAUACUCUGUAGCUGUUAGCCUUGGGAUGACUGACUUCAAGCCAACUAAGAUCUCUUUGAUCCUAGCAGGUCGAUCUAAAAGAAUCCCAAAAGGUGUUUUGGAGGAUGUUCUGAUUAAAGUUGGUGAUUGCAUAAUUCCUACAGAUUUCGUGGUUCUGGAAUAUAUAGAGGAACCCAAGGAUCCUCUUAUCCUGGGAAGAUCAUUUUUAGCUACAGCUGGAGCGGUGAUUGAUGUCAAGCAUGGUAACCUUGAUCUCCACCUGGGAAAUACAAUCAUGAACUUCAAGAUGGAGAAGCUGAAAGAUCCAACCAUAGAUGGUCAAACAUUCCAAGUCAGUACAAUACCGGAAGUGAUAGAUGGAGAUCGGAAGGUACUUGAUGCUGAGAAGGUGAUAGAUCAACCUGCAUUGACUAAGACGUCUACAGAACCAGUAGCUGCUAUUGAGCAGAAAACUUAA